UCUCCCUGCCCCCGCCUCCGCCUCGCCGCCCUCUCUCUCCCCCCAGACCCCCCCCUGCUCGGCGUCCGUCCCGGGACCAAGAGGAGGAGGAGAGGGGGAGGCGCCUUCGCGGGCCGUCGGAGGGGAGGGGCGGGGCGGGCGGAGAUCCGAUGCGGGCCGCCGCCCGGCGCUAGAUGAAAUUGAGGAACACAGCAAUAACACGUUCAAAUUCAGCCUGUCUUCCAAUGGGGGAUCGUCUUGAUUUCAAGUACAACAGUGUCAAUGAGGGCGACGAGCGCAAGGGAGGCCAUGGCAUUCCCAAGGUUUCCAUGGUUCCCCUCAUCUUCCUCAUAUUCUAUGAGGUUUCUGGGGGGCCCUUUGGGAUUGAGGAUAGUGUCAAGGCUGCUGGACCACUGCUAGCAAUUGUGGGCUUUCUUGUGUUUGCGCUUAUAUGGAGCAUUCCAGAAGCUCUAAUCACUGCAGAGAUGGGCACCAUGUUCCCAGAGAAUGGUGGUUAUGUUGUCUGGGUCUCUUCUGCUCUUGGCCCCUUCUGGGGUUUUCAGCAAGGCUGGGCGAAGUGGCUCAGUGGUGUCAUAGACAAUGCUCUAUAUCCAGUCCUCUUUCUUGACUAUGUCAAGUCCAGUGUUCCAGCUCUUGGAGGUGGGCUCCCAAGGACCUUGGCGGUGCUUAUCCUCACAGUUGCACUUACAUACAUGAACUACAGAGGUCUGACCAUAGUUGGCUGGGUGGCAGUCUUUCUUGGGGUGUUCUCUCUCCUUCCAUUCUUUGUGAUGGGAGUGAUAGCUAUUCCCCGGAUUGAACCUUCAAGGUGGCUUGAAAUGGACUUGGGGAGUGUGAAUUGGGGAUUGUAUCUGAACACACUGUUUUGGAACCUCAACUACUGGGAUUCGAUCAGUACGUUGGCUGGAGAAGUCGAGAAUCCAAAGAGAACCCUCCCAAGAGCUCUUUCUUAUGCUCUAGUUCUAGUGGUGGGGGGAUACCUCUACCCUUUGAUCACUUGCACAGCAGCAAUUCCAGUUGUUCGGGAGCAGUGGUCAGAUGGGUACUUUUCAGACAUUGCAAGAAUUCUUGGUGGCAUCUGGUUGCACUCAUGGAUUCAAGGAGCUGCUGCAUUGUCAAACAUGGGCAACUUUCUCACUGAAAUGAGCAGCGAUUCUUACCAGCUCCUUGGGAUGGCCGAGCGCGGCAUGCUCCCUGAGUUCUUCGCCAGGAGAUCACGCUACGGGACCCCGCUGAUCGGCAUCCUGUUCUCCGCCUUUGGCGUGAUCUUGCUGUCCUGGAUGAGCUUCCAGGAGAUCAUCGCUGCCGAAAACUACCUCUACUGUUUCGGCAUGAUCCUGGAGUUCAUCGCCUUCAUCAAGCUGAGGAUGACCCAUCCGAAUGCCUCACGGCCCUACAAGAUCCCUCUGGGCACCAUUGGUGCUGUCCUGAUGAUCAUCCCUCCUGCUCUCCUGAUCGUGGUGGUGAUGGCCCUCGCGUCCUUCAAGGUGAUGGCAGUAAGCAUCAUGGCGAUGAUCGUCGGGUUCGUGCUGCAGCCGUGCCUGGUGUACGUGGAGAAGAAGCGGUGGCUACGAUUCUCCAUCAGCGCGGACCUGCCUGACCUGCCUGAUUCACAGGAAGCUGCUGAAGAUGACACCGUCCCGCUUGUGUUCUGAUUCGCUUGUGUGGUGCUCUGGAGGUGUAGUUGUAGGAUGGUAUGUACUGGGUUUCACGAGUUGUAUCUCCUGAUGAGUUCCGAAGCCAAUCUCAUGUCUAAUGCUGCCUUCCGUUGUCAUCAUGCUGCUAUCGAAUAACAUGUUGGCAUUAACUGAAAAUGUAAAGCCAGUGUUGGUAAACGGAGCUCCUCGAUUUGGAUGUGUCGUCA